UCAGCCCCUGACCCGCGGACGGCCCCCGUGCCCCCUUUAGUCUGUAAUACACGCAGGCUGUCAAUCUCGGAACCGCUGCUAGGCCGCUUGGGCCCCGCCCUCUUCUCCACCUCCUGGAACACAGACCAAUCGGAACGCCGCGCACGUGACGAGCGCUCCAUGCGAUGACCUCAUCUCUGGUGUGGGAUGACGUCAAAUUCAAGAUGGAUGGAAUCACGGCGGCAGACGCGCGCCGGUGAAUUGGAAAUCCGAGAGUCGAGAAAUUAAGCAGAAGCCGAGCGAGCCGACCCCGCGGGAGAUCAGCACGAUGGACGGGGGACUUCUCCAUUACAUAAAUCCGGCGCACGCGAUUUCCCUGCUGAGCUCUUUAAACGAGGAACGGAUGAAAGAGCAGCUGUGUGACGUCAUUCUGAUUGUAGGGGACCAGAAAUUCCGCGCCCACAAAAACAUUUUGGCCGCGAGCAGCGAAUACUUCCACAGCCUGUUCACCAAUAAAAACAACGAUUCGCAAACGGUCUUUCAGCUGGACUUCUGCGAAGCCGACGCUUUCGAAAAUGUGUUGAGUUACAUCUAUUCUUCUUCGCUGUUUGUGGAGAAGGGCAGCCUGGCAGCCGUGCAGGAGAUGGGCUAUAGUCUCGGCAUCACCUUUUUAACCAAUAUACUUUCCAAGACCCCUCAGGCGCCCUUUUCCCCAUGCCCCCAAAAAAAGGCCGCUUUCUCCGAGGACGAAGAAAACGGAUCCCAACAGAGAAGCGUCAUUGUCUGUCAAAGCCAAAACGAAGCGAGGGACGUCGGACGCGUCCCGCAUGACAUAAGCUCGUCUUCUAAGCCUUCGUCGUCUUCUAAGCCUUCGUCGUCUUCUCAAGGCAGGAGUACUUCGGCUAAGCAACACCUAAGGUCGGCUGACACAUUGAACAGUUUAUAUUCCAAACGAAAUUGGAGGGGAUCAUCCAACAACUCCGAUGACAGUAAUAUAGGUGGGUGGAUGAAAAGAAAUGCGCAGAAAAAAACAUUUCCUACUGAUUCUGCCGAGGAUCAGCAAGCUGCCAAUAUGCAUUUAAUGAGGGGGAAUACGUCGGAGGCUUUUAAGAAGAAAAUGGCACACGUGCCGGCUUUGCUCAGUCCGACAGACUCUGCCUACCCGAUGCAGAAGCCGGGAAAAGACAUCACUGUGAAACAAGAAGAUAGAAACCUACAUUAUUAUUCUCAGCUUGGAGCCGCGGUCCCGUCGGCUGCUCCAGGGAAGCAAACUAUCGAUCGUAGCGGCCCUCUGGUCAAAAGUCUUCUCCGAAGAUCUUUAUCUAUGGACAGCGAGGUCCCUUCUUACUCACAAGAUGCUGACUUUCAGGCUUCGCAAGGGGGGCCUUCUAUAGAAAAUGCCUCAAAAGACGCUGCGCCCGAUGGACGCUCUCGGAAGACAUUGCUUAAAAGAGCAAGGGACGCUGCACAAGACAAAAACGCAGAUCGCGGAAAGUCCUUCGCAUCUACUCUGUCCUCUUCCAGGGACUCGUUUCAAAAUGAUAAUAUACAAAUAAAAACUGAGCCCCAAAGUCCUCCCCCUUCAGAACCCUCGGAAAUAAUUAGGGUUACUGUUGGAGAUGCCCCGCAAGCUAGUAAUUGCGACGUUGGUGUGAAAAUGGAAGAAACUCCUGAAGCAAGCAGCCCGCCGGCCAAGAGAAGGUUUCACAGCGACAGAAGAAUGCUGGCUUCUAGAAGAGCAAAGGCCAAAGCAAGCACUCCACCAGAGCCCGAAACCAACUUUGAUCGCAGGCCCUCUCAUCUUGAAGGUGACUUCUACGAUUCCGACGACAGCAAGGAGAUGUGCAUCGACACGCAGGAGGUCGGGCAAGCCCGGAAAUUUAAAUGCAAACAUUGCCUUAAAAUAUUCAGAUCCACCGCCGGUCUUAACCGCCAUAUAAAUAUGUACCAUAACCCUGAAAAACCGUACGCUUGUGACAUCUGCAACAAAAGGUUCCACACAAACUUCAAGGUAUGGACACACUGUCAGACGCAACACGGAAUAGUCAAAAAUCCUUCUCCCGCGUCGAGUGCUCACGGGGUUUUGGAUGAAAAAUUCCAAAGGAAAUUAAUUGACAUUGUUCGAGAGCGGGAGAUUAAAAAGGCGCUUAUGUAUAAGUUACGGAGGGGGAAGCAGGGCUACCAGGGGCCGUCGGGUAGCCAAGCACAAGCCAUGAAAAGAAGCCUGAGGUCAAGAUCCAAAGCGGCCUACGUUUGCAACUACUGUGGGAAAUCGUAUCGUUUCUUGUCUCAACUCAAGCAGCACGCUAAAAUGCAUCCCGUAGACAAAGCUGCUCUGUCCAAGAACAUUCGGCCCAAAAAAUCUUCAUCCCCAAAGAGUCCGGUGGAAAGCAAAGAGGUGUUCCACUGCCGGCUGUGCAACGCAACGCUGUCUUCCUUCGUCGAGCAAGGAAAUCACGAGCGGAUGUGUAGGAACGCUACGUUGUGCCCUUACUGCAGCCUUCGAUUCUCUUCUCCGGAGCUGAAAACCGAACACGAAGCCAAGUGCGAGUACAAAAAGCUCACCUGCCUCGAGUGCAUGCGAACGUUUAAGUCUUCGUUCAGCAUCUGGCGUCAUCAGGUGGAAGUUCAUAAUCAGAACACCAUGGCGCCAACAGAGAACCUCUCGCUGCCGCUAUUAAAUCACAACGGAGAGACCAGUAAAGCGGCGAGACAGCAGCUUUUACUGGAAUCUAGGAAAGUAAACAGUUUCCUCAUGGCAAAAGAUGACCCCGACGCCUACAGCGACUCCUCGGAACAUAUGAACUUCGACUCCGAUGAUUCCAACUGUCUCCCUGAAGAUCUCAGCAUGUCAAAGAGAUUCAACGUCCAGAUCAAGGAUGAACCCGCGGAUGACAUGGAGGACGAGCCCGAUUCGAGCUACGUCCACAAAGAGGCAACGUCCGACUCUGAAGGUGGGAUGUGGUCGUGUGAGAAAUGCGGGAAGAUCUUUACCGUGCACAAGCAGUUAGAGCGACACCAAGAGCUGCUGUGCUCCGUGAAACCUUUCAUCUGUCACGUCUGCAACAAAGCUUUCCGGACCAACUUCCGACUCUGGAGUCACUUUCAGUCGCACAUGGCGCAAGGCGAAGAGGCCUCGUUCCGAGAAUCCGACGCCUGCGCGCCCGUCAGCUCGCCGUCUCCUCCGCCGCUUCCCCCGCCGCCGCCUCCGCUGCCUAAAAUCCAGCCUAUCGAACCGGAGACCACCGCGUCUUACCCGGAGAAGCACAGCCCCCCCGAGAAGAAGUUCGCCCCUCAAGAGUCCGAGACCCUCUUCUACCACGCACCGCCCCUCUCGGCGAUUACGUUUAAAAGGCAGUUCAUGUGCAAACUUUGUCACCGGACAUUUAAGACGGCGUUCAGUUUGUGGAGUCACGAGCAGACGCACAACUAAAGCUCUCCACGCUCUGGUGCUAAAACCUCAAACGUUUUGCUCUUGGGAACUCUGACAUCUCCGACGCGGACGAAGCCCGACCACCUUCUGAUAACGUUGCUCCUUAACAAUCGUUACCGUGUAGCACGAUAACCGAGUAUUAAAGGAAAAUGCCUAAUGAUCGUUUGCAUGACCUCCGACCCGAGACCGACCCAACUAGUUAAACUAAAAAAAAAAACCUAAAAAAAGAAAAAAAAAAGUAUUUUUGGUUUUCCUAUUUCUUGGUUAAUCGUGUGCGAAAAGCAUUGUUUUUGACAAUAUUGUAAACCUCACAACUCUUUGGGACUCAAUAUUUAGGCUGGUUUAAUCUAAAAAAAACUUAAUAGUGAAGUCAGUUAAUUUUUUUUUCUCGUUUCCAUAGCAAUAACCUACGCAGAAACCUCAAGUUCGGAAUAACGUAUUCUUUAAAUAAUUGCGUAGUUAGGCAAAAAGCAGGAUAGGCGAUUUAGAGAGAUAUGGUGCGUCUUGGCCUACCAGGACCAUUCAUGUUUGGCAAAACCGCAGUUGUUAUUAUGUACUUUAAUUAAAAAAAUCUUUACAUUUAUUAAUAAAUGGUAAUUUUUUUUAUGACAUACGACAGCAUUUUGUGUUAUAACAAAAUUUCCCGCGCUUAGAUGUAACGCCUCGAUAACGGGAGUGGACUAAAAAAAGCGAGAUUUAGAAGCUGACCUGAGCUCCGUAAAUCUAAAACAUCCGUAAAAACCUAAGUUUAGGAAUAAGGAGCAUAUAUUCCGUGUAAAUUGUAAAGAAAUAAAUAAAAUCUAACUUGAAUUAAA